CAAGAUAAUAUUUAUAUAACUCAUAAUAUAUCAAACUCGCAACUUAAUGUGAUAUAUACAUACUGUCGUUUCAUUGCAUUCACUUCACACUAGUGACGUCGUUUUACCAAUUCCCACCAUCGCAAUGGUGCAGCCUCGUUUCCUUAUUCUCGCGUUCCCAUUGCAAAGCACUAUCAACCCAAGUUUAACCUUCGCCGACCGACUCAUCCGCGUUGCCGGCGGUGCACAAGUAACCUUCGUCACCGGCGUCCACGCGCACCGUAGUCUCAUGACCACACGCGCUGCCGCCAGAGGAUCAAGUUCUGCCACUCCAGACGACAGCCUGUCCAUCGUCAUGUUUUCCGACGGCUAUGACGACGGGUGCACAGAUGAAAAGGGCAUCAAUGAUCACUUUGCAGAAUUCAGGCGACGGGGUUGGCAAGCCGUGGCGGAUAUUCUAGAGUCGGGGCUUAACAAAGAAGGGCGUCCGUACACUUGCUUAGUCUACACCAUGCUUCUCUCUUGGGCUACUGAGGUGGCGGCGGCGCAUAAUGUUCCGGCGACGAUUCUAUGGAUACAGCCCGCGACGGUGUUUGAUAUUUACUAUUAUUACUUUCAUGGCCACAGAGAAAUCAUACGUGAGAAUAGUGAAAACCCUUCUUUUUCGUUAUCAUUUCCGGGGAUUCCACUUGCCAUGAGCCUCAAGGACCUUCCCUUGUUCAUGGCUGAUUCAAAGUACUCUUACUUUGUUACACUGUUUCAAGACAUGUGCGAAGAUCUCGAAAACGAAGGUAACAACACGAAGAUAAUAUUAGUGAACACCUUCGAUGAGUUGGAGCCUGAGGCAUUGAGAGCUAUUGGUAAUAAUAAUAAGUUUGAUUUGAUUGGAAUCGGGCCACUGAUCUCGUCUACUUUCUUGGAGGAGAACAAGGACGCAUGUGGAUGUGGUAGUGACUACUACAUCGACUGGUUGAACACCAAGCCUAAAACGACAGUCGUUUACGUGUCGUUUGGGAGUAUUUCGGUUUUGUCGAAGCAACAAAUGGAGGAAAUGGCUAGAGGGCUGUUGGAAUUUGGUCGUCCGUUCUUGUGGGUCAUCAGGGAGAAUAGUGAUCUAGACGAGAAAGGAGAUGAUGAUGAUGAGUUGAGUUGCAGAGAAGAGUUGGAGAAACUUGGGAUGAUAGUGCCACGGUGUUCUCAAAUGGAGGUUUUGAGUAACGAGUCAGUUGGGUGUUUUGUGACUCAUUGUGGUUGGAACUCAACGUUGGAGAGCUUGGCUUCUGGGGUUCCAAUGGUGGCGUUUCCGCAGUGGACAGAUCAGGGAACAAAUCCUAAGCCCAACAAAGAUGAAAUAGUUAGAAAUGAAGAGAUCAAGAGGUGUUUAGACUUAAUUAUGGGAAGGAAGGAAAAUGGGAUGGAAAUAGUAAGUGAUUUUGUCAAGAAAUGGCAGAAUUUAGCUAAAGAAGCUGUGAGGGAAGGUGGCUCAUCGGAAAAGAAUUUCAUGACUUUUGUGAAUCGGUUCACCAAUAAAAUAUGAGUAAUGAUAUAUGCAUCCUCUCGAAUAUUACAUACAUUACAUUUAGAGAACUAUCGCUGCUUUUUUAAAAUAGUACACCUCAAUUUUAAUAAAUAUAAUUCAUUAAAUUAUAUAUUUUGGGUGCACAUUUCUUUCAUCGUAAAAUAUACUAAUAAUGUUUUUCUUUGAUGAUGAAUAAUGAUUUAGUUUUUAUAAACAUGUUAGUUUAGUAGUGGUCAGCAAACCUAAAUAAUAAUGAUAUUAAUUAAUUGUCUUAGUAGUUUGUCACAUGCAUAUAUGAUAUAUAUAAUAUUUUUAUUUAGAUGUACCUGUGAAAAUUGUAUUGCAAUAACUAAGAAGUGAAUAAUGAGAGAAGAAAAAAACAUGUUCUCUAUU